UUGUGACGCGUUUAAAACAAUUAUAAGAACUUUAGUAAAUCAAAUCAGUCAUUGAUGCAGGCAAGGAGCAAACCGCGUCUACUUUUUCCUUUAGAAAGUGUAGUGGAAAUGUAUAUUUAUUAUGGAAAUGUAUAUUUACUUGAGUAUUUCCUAGAUUAUCAUCUUUAAAGAAACAUGGAUGACAUCCCGAAUCAUAAAAAACUUCGGCGGCCUAAACAGAAGCCUGCUCGUCUCGCUACCCUCCAGUUGCCCUGUUGGCCAGAGCUGGGACUGAAGCUUCCUGCCCUGCUGUUCUCAGACAGGAAGCUGCUGUUAUCAGACAGGAAGCUGCUGUUCUCAGACAGGAAGGUGCUGUUCCCAGAAGUUCACAACCCCCUCCAGCCUGCUCAAUGUCCGGAUCCCCGCCGCAAGAGCAAGGCUGCCAGAAAGGGUGCAGGAGCUGAGAAGGAUUCAGGGGCCAACAAGGGGCCCCUGGCAGAGUCCUGGAGGGUUGUGGAAGAAGCUGGAGCGGCUUAUCGUUCAGCCCUGGCUGACGAGCUGGCAGGACUAGGCAUGGUGGUGACUGGUGGUGCAUGUGCGAAGAUGCAUCCCAUCCCCUGGACCAACUACUGUGUUCUUCCAGCAAUCAAAAGUUCCUCUCGCCCGGUGGAACCAAUCAGAGCAUCGGCCUCUGAAAGAGUCGGGCCCCUGGGCUGCAGAGCCACACCAGAUGGAAAGGAGAGUGCGUACUCCUCUCCACCUCCGCCUCCGCCUCCGUCUCCGCCUCCGUCUCCGCCUCUAACCCCAUGCCAACUUGAGGCGCAGUCUCCAGGUUGUUCUCCAACCUUGAAUGACCCCGUGACCCGGGAGACCACGCCCAGUCUUCUGUCAUCGGAGACCGGGGACGAGCUUUCUGUGUUGGAGGCCAUGAUGUCACACCCUCAUUGGAAAAUCAUCAACAGGGUCCUGUUGAGAAAGAACAAGUGCGUAGCUGAGCUGCAGGAGCGCUCGGAGGAGGUCAUGGAGUGGGUUCUUAAGGUGACCCACAGGGUGGUCCUGCCUGCCAUGGCCCGGGUCCUCCACAUCCGCAAAGACCAAGAUGGCCGCCCGCUGUCCGCCGCCAUCUCUUACAGCAGCUGUGACUCCCAGAGUGACAGGUCCUCUUCCGCAGGGUUGCUGUCCACAGCUAGCCCCGUCACUGGCUCUCUGACUGGCAUGGUAUGUUUCAACCCUGCUGAUUUUCCCCAGGACCAGGCCUCUUCUCUGGGCUCCACCCAGCCCUACGUCCCCCAGGGCAUUCUGAGAAUGAUCUCAGAGAGGUUCCACCCUCUGCUGAUAGGAGGGCAGGGAUCCAGGCCCCAGAGCAGGCUGCUGGGUGGCAGGCCUCCGAUGUUGGACUCUGAUAGGCCCACGGAGGAGGAAGUCCUCGCCACGGCAUCCCUCGCCGUGGCAGAGAUUCUGUUGAAGGUGAAGGUGGUGAUGGAUAAACAAGAGCACGAUGCAGACGACAAGCUGUCAGCCUGUGUCGAGGAGCUCUACGAGUCUGUCAUGGGACAGAUGCUGGAGACAUUUGCACUCCACCACCGUGGAUGCUUGCUGUCGGACUGCCAUGUGACCAGCAUCUCCCAGGACCUGAUAUACAACGCCUGGCAGGACGCCAAGGAGAAGAUUCAGGUCCUCGCCAAAAGUCACACCGACGCCAUCAAUGAGCUGGUGUCCCCGUGGCCCACGUCGUCUGCCGACACAAGGGAGAGGAUGGAGAUGGCCUCCUUCCUCACUGGCAGCGUGGCGGAGGAAGAAGAGAUGGAAAAUGCGAUGGCUUUGCCCAGCCGCGUGAUGUCACCGACCCUCUGCUCCCUGAAGGAGAGCCUCUCUGGAAUCCUGGCCCGCCACGCCCUGUUCCACAGCCCGGGCGUGGUCCCCACGGAGGAGAAGCUGGAGCUGGUGAGGAUGGUGGGGGGCUUCCUCCAGGAGAUGGAGCCCACAGAAGGACGCUGUUCCCUGGACCAGCCCCAAGAGGCCUACGAGGCCUCCCUGGUCCAGAGUGUGGCCACGGCCUGCAACGUGAUCCACAACGUCCUGAAGAACUUCCACGCAGCCCAGCAGCUGAUUGGGCAAGUGGAGGUGGCAGACUUCCUGCAGCCUGGAAGUAAGACCUUCACCAUGGUGGUGGAGUGUGUUAGCCAGAGCCUGCUAGGAGAUGUUGCCGUGGAGCUGGAUGCCCUGUGGAGGAGGAGGAGCUCGGGGGCCAGCAACAGCAACGGGAGGAGCAGCAGGAAUAAGGAAUACCUCCCUUUUGACACCCAGCAGGAGCGACCAGUGGAGUGCAGCCGUGCUAGCAAGGAGGAGCAGGAGGAGGAGGAUCCUCAGAAGAAGGAGGAGACCGCCCCUCCCUCCUCCAGGAGCACUAGUGCCAGGAGCGAUGCUAGCAGUGCUGCCAGCUACCAAGACCUCAGCUUCACCGCUGAAAACAUGCUGGACAUCAUCAUGCGGAUGGCCUACUUGGCCUCCAGUUCCUCCCCUGACGACGACGACAAACGCGACGAAGCCUCGUCCGUCAAAUCGUUCGACCAAGAGGAGUACGACAUGGAACGCCUGCUGGCAUCCCACAGCAUGUGCACCAGGAUGUUCCAGGGGAGGAUCCACCACUUCUCCAAGCAGUUGGUUGAGUGGAUUUAUCAGCUUCUCCUGGACACCCGGAUGGGACGACUCCCCUCGACACCCCAUUGCCGCUCCGAGCCCAACUUCCAGAACCUGGAGGACAAGGAACGUCUGGACCAGGAGUUCUUCACCCCUCUGCUGUACUAUUUUUUCCAGAUGGCCUUCAAGGGCCUGAUGGGGAACCUGCUGGGCGAAGAAGACGUCACGGACGACCACCGUGCCGACUCCUGCAGCGAUGCGUCCUCAGACGGCAGUGACAGCAACAGUGACAGCAGCAGUGACAGUGACUGUCCCUCCCUGGACUGGUCCAGUGGGAUGACCCGUGGGAGUCAAGGGGUUGAGGGUAGAAGGAGAUCGCAGAGCAGGUUGAAGCCCUCCUGCAGCCAGGACCAGAGGUGGGCGCUGGAGGCCAUUUGUGAGGUGUUGACUACCCAGGCUGGAAGUGACCUUUACAAGACCUGCAACGACCCACAAGAAAACAUGGUUGUUGUCCGCAAAGGCCUUGAUGCUAAAGCCAUGGCCAGGUUCGGUAACCUAGCCAGCUCCUCCUCUGAAGACCAGGAAGUGACAACAGGAAGUCUCGAUCCAGAGUCAGGUCUCACCAACCAGGAAGUAGGACAGCCUGAGAUGGAUGACAACGAAAACGCUGACUACUCUGAUGAUUUCCACGAAGAGGAAGACGGGUCAGAUUGCCAGAUGAAUGACUUUUCCAAGGGUGCAUUGAUCGAGGAAGAGGAGAAGGAUGAAGAUGAUGGAGCUGCAGGCCUCCCUGAGGAGGUCCAGGAUCAUCCCUCCCUACCCGUGAGCCCCUCUGAGACCCCCUCCCUCCAGCCCGGGGAGGUUCUGAUCCAAGAGAAGGUCCUGAUGCCCCCCCAGCCCAGCGCCUUGCACCACCAGACCCUGCAUGACCUGCUGCAAAGGCUGGUGGGACGCCUGGCCCUCCAGGGGCCCCUUCGUUCCUGCUUCACCCCCACCAACUCGGAGAUAGAGGCUGUCCUCCUCCAAGACGUGAGCUGGUUUCUCUGGAACCAGGCCGGGAUCGGCCUCGUCCUGGAGCAUGAACCCCAGAACCUGCUCUUCGGUGGCGCCGACGCCCUGGACGCCAUGUUUGAGGCGACUUAUGCUGAGCUAAUGCUCUGUUCCGAUAGCAACAGGGCCCUGGUCCACUCCGCCCUCCAGGGAGGGGCAGGCAUCGUCGGCAUGGCCGAGAACGUCGCCACGGUGAUCUGCCGUCACGCCGAGUUUUGGCGCCCUUCUGCCGUGUCGGGUGAGAGUCAUGAUUUGGAAACAGGUUGUGAGGAGAAUGAGAGCACAGAGGACUCUGCUGGCUUGGUAAAGGCCGGUGGAAGUUCCAGCCCCUUCAUAAGCAACACAAGCUUCGAUGAAGGACUUGAAAUGGACACUGCUGGCUUGGAAAAGGCCUGUAGAAAUUCCAGCCCCUUCAUCACAAACACGAGCUUGGAUGAAGGACUUGAGAUGGACUCUGCUGCCUUAGAAAAGGCUGGUGGAAGUUCCAGCCCCUUCUUAAGCAACACAAGCUUGGAAGAAGGACUUGAGAUGGAGUCUGCUGGCUUGGAAAAGGCCAGCAGACUCGCCUCCUGCCUCACAUCCUCCUCCACUUCCUGGUCCUGCUACUCCUCUUCUUCCACCUCUGUUCACUCCUCUCCUUCGUCCUCCAAAUCCUCCACCAGCUCCUCCACCUCCAGGGGCUCCACGGCUCAGGCCCCUAGCCCAGAGGGACAUAAUUUGGGAAAGACCGACACCCCCAUCCUCCGGAAAUGGUUCGCACUGAAGAAAGAGAAGACUUUCCUUAAGAAUGGACAGAAUGUGGCUGCCAAGGGAAGAAAGACAAGCAUAUUUUCCAAGACAAACAAAGUUUCUCCCCUUAGCGCUGAAGGUCCAGACCUUGGUGAGUCCUCCAUUGCUGGAGGAGAGGAGAAAAAGAAGAAGAAGAAGAAAAAGUCCUUCAAAGAUUUCUUCCGGGGGAUCUCUGCGGCUCUCUCCGGGGCUUUCUGCUUCGGCUGCGUGAAGGAUAUUCACCAGUAGAGGGCGCCACCUGCAGAGUCAACUGGCUGGCAGAGAGAGAGAACCUGUCACUAUGGCAACAACUGUAGCUACUUCCCUCUUCUUCAGAACUGUGCAACCAAUUU